ACCCAUUGUCUAGGUAUUCAUGUCGAGUUGUUGACGAGAUGUUUUUUGCGCGCAAUGAGUUAUGGAAAGCGUGAAAGACAGAGUGAACUUGGAAGGGUGAACUUGGAAGAUUACCAUAUGGGGCAGUGCACGAGAAUAGCCUGCCAAGUUCGCUGGAAACGUUCACUCCAGGUUUACUCAAGGUUUACUCCGUCUUGCUCUCGACUUUGCAUAUUCGUUCGUUCUCAAAGUUGAUUCGGUCGCUAUUGGAAAACACUGGUGAAGCUGGUCUUGUGCACUGGUGCGUUACCAUCAUCAGAAAUUUGUGUUUCGCGUUUGAUGGAUGUAUCGUGCGCCUGUGGUGCAGUUCCGUCCCCCGCUCCCAAUUCUUUUCUGCCAUUCUAUAACGUCUUAUAACUUGUCAAGAACAUGUCCGCGAACAAUGACGACCAAACCGUCUCUAAUUCUAAUCUGAAGCUCGAAUCAUUUCUCGACACCGACCCAUCCCCAUUGAACUCUCAUUUUCUCUUGGACCCUGCACCGUCCAAGAACCAGGCUGCUUCACGCUCAUCUUUUUCUUCGGAGAAUGACACCGCGUCACAGCGAAGUAUAUCUCUCUCUUCACCCUCUGGUUCUCCGGCAACCAAGUCUAUAUCUCUUGACGAUGAUGAUGAUCACGCUCGCCCAACGUCUUUCUAUGCUCAUACAACGCCCACUCCCGACUUAGACUCAGACUUGAAGACGAAUACAUCGCAUACAACGACUUCCCCGCGUACCCCUUUGUCUAUUAUUCGCCAGUCUCUCAGUUUUGCGUCUUCGGCCGCGCCUCAGCCAUCAGCCAUCUCGAGUACAUCUACACACACGAUUACUGAAACUCCGAGUAGGGAUUCAACCGCAUACCCACUUUCCCUCUCGUCCGAACUAUCUUCAGAUGUGGACGACGACCGCAGUAUGUUCAUGAAACGUUUUGGAGACGAUGACGGCGAAGAGGAAUCCCCAGUGACUAGCCUCGCGCCUAGCCUAGCUGAGAAACUGGAGACCAAGCCUACUACUCUUAGGUCGACCACAUCCUCUCCACCCGUUCCAGCUCUAACCACGUCACUCGUGGAAGAGCCCAAGACGAAGAUGUCGUUGCCUACACUUCCCCCGAGAGUAAUCCCACCAGAAAGCUUGUCUCAACCUACGAGCCCACCUCCGCCAGUAGCCUCUUUGUCUCCAGCUAUGUCACUGCCCACGGUGACGUAUCCUCCGAAACCUAUCCAAAUUGCCACCCCCGAUCGACAAAGCGUCGCGUCUUUCGCAACGAGUUCGAGUGGUGCAACGAGCUAUUCGAAGAAAGCUCGUCCAGAAAGUUUGUUGGUACAGAUUCCCGAAGGGCGGUUAGUGAUUGGGAUGGCGUUGGUGGAUUUCAACCAUUUGGUUGGUCCGAAGAUCGAGUUCAGUCGAGGCGACAUCUUUGGGGAUGAAGAAAUUGCCAAAAUCUUACCUUUUCUUGCUCUUCCGGACGGUGCUCAUUUGACAACAGAAGACUAUUCGUAUUUCCAUUUAGUGCCGUCAUCGCCAAACCCAACAACUCUCUUUGGUAUUUCAUGUAAUCGUCAAAUCAAGUCUUCUGAGCUUCUUUACAAGGAAGCGGAUGUCACACGCUCAACUGUCCAGAAGGCUGUCGUCGUAGUCGCCAGUAAGCCGGUUUUCGGUCCUAUACGAGACCGUCUGGGUGUCAUUACGCGCACGCUUUUCGCGCAAUGCGAUUUUACUGACUUGAGCAUCUUGGACGCGUUCUAUGAGAGUUUAGAAGGGAGCCUGAGGAGUCAGCUAACGGAGAGUGGCUUGUACAUGGGCACCAGUCUGCGGGAGCUUGUACAUACGUUCCGACAACGGACGCUCGUACUGCUCAAGGCACUCAUGCUUCAAAAGAAGAUUAUGUUCUACGGUCAUCCCGUCGAGAAGUUGUGCACAUACCAAUAUUCUCUCGUUACUCUCGUUCCGGGACUUCUGCACAACCUAGACGACAGUGGAUCACCUCCACUGGAUUCACGAGCGCAGGCUCUGCAACGUCCCACGGAGCUAAAGACUAGUGAUCACAAGAGUAUGCGGGCGUUCGUCGGCUUGCCUCUCGAGUUGUUCGGCAAGGACGCGUUCUUCCAACCAUAUCUACCGUUACAACAAAUGGAUUUGUUGAAGGACACGAAGAGUUGGCUCUGUGGAUGUACAAAUUCUAUUGUGGCCCAGCAGAAGGAGGUCGAUCUUCUGAUCAAUAUUGAGGCGAACACCUUUGAAUUCCGGGAUCCGAGACUCGAGCGAUCGGCAGGCUUAACGGCUGCCGAUCGUAAGUGGAUGGACGAUAUCGUAAAGGAUGUCAACGACGGCUGGGUGGAACAGGGUGCCGCGGGCGGUAUGCACUUUAAGGGAAGUGACGACUAUCUGAGACAGAAGUUCGACGAAUAUAUCUCCGGCGCUCUGUCUUGCGUCAAGUAUGCCGACUUCAUGUCAAAGGGUCAGAAUAAUGGUGUUAUGAUUUCUGACGGCUCGGGUGAUCCUAAUUCGGUGAACGACUUCAAUAUGUUCUGGAUAUCCGAAUUCAAGAAGACCAAUGCGUACGAAGUUUGGAAUAGGGUGACUGAUCCAGUGCUCUUCGAUAUCGUCGAACCUCGGCAUCCAUGUGGCGAGCGUCCGUCUGUCGUUGCAGACAUUGGACUUCGUCUCUCGGAAGGAAUACAAGAACUCAAGAUAGACCAGCAAUUAGCACCAGCGCGCGAAGCUGUAACAAGAACGUUGACCGCUGGAUCUACGGGUUUCCUCAAGGCCGUGGAGGGUGUUCGAGGUCGAUGGAUGCAACGUUCUGCAAGUUCGUCGUCAAGUACCAAUUCGACGGGCGAAGCGACCAGCGCGACAAGCAGUCCUGUCGAGGUCAAUAAGUCCGAUAUUUCGGAUGCUGCGUCUUCUCGUUCUCGGCAAGGGUCAAUAGACAUGGCUCGCUCUGACGCUGGUACUCCGUCGGCUGCGCCAACGAAUCCACCCUCGUUUGUGAGCGGAAUCCGACCUCUGAGCUUAGCUGGUUCCAUGAGGUCAAACACAUCUGUUCCGUCGACACCGGAACCUAAGGCGACUUUGAGCUCAUGGGGAGCGGGAAUUGGCUCUUUCUUUUCUCAAAGAACUGCACGGCUGUCCACUCCUCGCUCAAUGACAGCCUCCGCCACUACGCCACCCAGACAAGCAUCUCCGUCGCCCGCGCCAUCUCGCAAGACUUCGAUGUCAGUCGGUUACCCAGUCAACGAACCUCUCGAUCUCGGGAUAGAAGAGCUAAAGCCACGGAAUCUAGAUCAGAUUCGCGGGGAUAGAACCAUAGAGGAACAUGAGCCAGCGGGUACUGGUAUUGCAAUGUGAGGACGGACUUAUAGUUAGCCUGUUUUCUUUGGCAUCAUGGUUUGCAAGCAUCGGAUUUCUUACGCACGUAUUUAUUAAUCGUACCUAUGUCGUUCGAGAACAUUUAGCAUACAUUUUCUUUAACAACGACGAAAGCCGAUCUAUGAUG